AUGGGGGCCGACUCCGAGAAAAGGGAGCAUCCCCCCGCCGCCGAUGCUCUCGCCGCGACGAGCUCACCGGACGAAGCCGUAAAAGACGAAGGCGGCGCAUUCAAGGCUUACUUGCGCAUCUUCACAUUCGGGGGUCCGUUUGAAAAGUUCCUCCAGGUCGUCGCCCUGAUUUGCGCGGUGGCUUCCGGUGCUGGUAUCGCCCUCCAAAACUUGAUCUUUGGCACCUUCGUCACCACCAUCCAAGAUUUCACCACUGGAAAAGCUUCCCCCGAACACUUUCGCGGUGAGGCCGCCAAGCUCGCCCUUUACUUCGUCUACCUGGGCAUCGGAAGAUUCGCCCUUUCCUAUGGCUACAUCUCUCUGACCACCUUCUCUGCUUACCGCAUCACCAAGAACAUCCGCCACAAAUACCUUCACGCUGCCCUUCGACAAGAGGUUGCCUUCUACGAUGUUGGCUCCGGAGGCUCCAUUGCGACCCAGGCCAUUUCCAACGGACGUCUGAUUCAGGUCGGAAUCGCCGAGAAGCUUGCCCUGACAUUUCAGGGGCUGUCCGUCUUCCUCACAGCGUUCAUCAUCGCCUUCGUCACCCAAUGGAAACUCACACUCAUCGUCCUCUGCAUCGCGCCCCUGCUCUUGGUUGUCAUGGGCGUCGUGUCGACGAUCGAGGCUUCCAUCGAGACCAAGAUCCUCAACAUCUAUGCCCAGGCUGGCUCUCUCACCGAGGGCAUCCUCUCGAGCGCCCGUACCAUCCACGCCUUUGAAAUCCGGACGAGACUGGUCCAGAAAUUCGACCAAUUCCUCCAAGAUGCCCACCGCUUGGGAAACAAGAAGUCUCCCCUUUUCGGCGUCCUCUUUUCCUUUGAGUAUUUUGUCAUCUACGCCGGCUUCGCCCUGGCUUUCUGGCAGGGCAUCCACAUGCUGAACCGUGGGGAGAUUGCCGAAUCUGGAGACAUCUUUACCGUCCUCUUGUCGGUGGUCAUCGGUGCCACCAGUUUGACUAUGUUGGCACCCUACAUCAUCGAGUUCACCCGCGCCGCGUCGGCCGCCGCCCAGCUCUUCAAGCUCAUUGACCGGAAAUCCGAAAUCGACCCAUUCGACAAGUCUGGCGACCAACCUACCGAGACCGUCGGUGUUGUUGAUUUGGAGAACAUCACUUUCGAGUACCCCACCCGUCCCGGAGUUACGGUCCUGAACAACUACUCUUUGCAUGUGCCCGCGGGCAAGGUGACAGCGCUUGUGGGAUCCAGCGGCUCUGGCAAGAGCACAAUCAUCGGCCUGAUUGAGCGAUGGUACAACCCCAAGGCCGGCACCAUCAGGCUUGAUGGCACGCCGAUCGAGAAGCUCAAUCUCAAUUGGCUAAGAAAAAAUGUUCGCCUCGUUCAGCAGGAACCUGUCCUCUUUCAGGGAACCGUAUUCGAGAACAUUGCCAACGGACUGGUUGGAACCCCAUGGGAGAGCGCACCCCGUGAGGAGCAGCUGCGCCGCGUGCAAGAAGCUGCCAAGAUCGCGUUCGCUCACGAUUUCGUCUCGCAACUCCCCGAGGGCUACGAGACCAUGAUUGGCGAACGCGGAGGUCUCUUGUCGGGUGGUCAGAAACAACGAGUUGCAAUCGCUCGCAGCAUCAUCUCGGAACCGAAGGUGCUCCUCCUGGACGAGGCCACCAGCGCCCUUGACCCCCAUGCCGAAGGUGUGGUGCAACAGGCGUUGGACAAGGCUUCUGAAGGCCGAACGACCAUCGUUAUCGCUCACAAGCUGGCAACAAUUCGUAAGGCGGACAAUAUCGUCGUCAUGAACAAGGGCGUCAUCGUUGAGCAGGGCACACACGACGGACUCCUCGGCCAGAACGGGGCCUACACUCGUCUUGUGAGAGCGCAGAACCUGAGUGUUUCCGAUGAGGAGUCCGUCACCGAGACGGAUGAAGAGGAAGAGAACGCCCCCAAGGAGGACGUUGAGCUCACCAAGACCAUGAGCCGCUAUCAAACCACGGACCAGACACGCAUGGAGAUCCAGAAGGAGCGGGACAACUACGACCGCCACAAGACGGUAGGCCUAGUCAGCGUCGUUGUUCGCAUGGUGCGCGAGACUCCGGAGCUGACGUGGGCUUACCUCUGGACCCUCAUUGCUGUGGUUGCUGCCGCUGGCGCAUUCCCCGGCCAAUCCUUGAUCAUCGCGAACCUUGUCGACGUCUUCACCCUGACGGGCUCCGAGAUGAUAACGAAGGCCAACUUCUUCUCCCUGAUGUUCUUUGUGUUGGCUCUCGGUGUGCUGGUCUGCUACUUCAUCAUGGGUCUGGCGACCAACACCAUCGCCCAGGGGCUGAACCACAAGCUAAGAAAGCAAUGUCUCAACGACUUUCUGCGCCAAGAUCUCCAGUUUUUCGACCGCAGAGAGAACAACACGGGCGCGCUGGCAAGCAGGCUCGAGUCGAAUCCCCAGGCCAUUCUGGAGCUCAUGGGAUUCAAUAUCGGCCUGAUCCUGAUUUCGACCCUCAACGUUGUUGCUUGCAGUAUCUUGGCCAUCGUCACCACAUGGAAGCUUGGAUUGGUCGUUGUUUUGGCUGGCCUACCACCCCUCGUGAGUGCUGGCUACAUCAAAGUCCGCCUUGACGCCAAGCUCGACGCCAGCACUUCCAAGCGCUACUCUUCGAGCGCUGCUAUUGCGUCCGAGUCGGUCACGGCCAUCAGGACGGUGUCAUCCCUGGCCAUCGAGGAGAGUGUCCUGAAGAGAUACACCGACGAGCUGGACCACGCUGUCUGGGCGUCGACUGCGCCGCUGUUCAUCAUGACGAUUGCCUUUGGCCUGACACAAUGUAUCGAGUACUUCUUUAUGGCUCUCGGCUUCUGGUACGGCUGUCGGUUGCUUUCGUUCCAAGAAAUCACCAUGUACCAGUUUUUCGUCGCUUUCAUGGGAACAUUCUUCUCGGGACAAGCUGCUUCCCAGCUGUUCCAGUACUCAAGCAGUAUGACCAAGGGCAUCAACGCAGCGAAUUACCUCUUUUGGCUGCACGACCUGCAGCCCACCAUUCAGGAGACGCCGCAGAAUCGAGAUGCUGCGCCUGAGGCUGGUAGCGCGCUCGGUUUUGAGCAGCUUCGCUUCUCGUACCCUCUGCGGCCUGAGACGCAUGUUCUCCGCGGGCUCGAUCUCGAGAUCAGCAAGGGUCAGUUCGUCGCCUUCGUGGGCGCCUCCGGGUGCGGCAAGUCCACAAUGAUCGCCAUGCUUGAACGCUUCUACGACCCGACGACCGGAAAGAUCCGCGUCGACGGCGACGCCCUUUCGGAGCUCAACCCCCGUCUAUACCGUCGGAUCGUCGCUCUUGUCCAGCAGGAACCGACUCUAUUCCAGGGUAGCAUUCGCGAAAACAUUGCGCUCGGCAUUGACGCCGAGUCCAUGACCGAUGUGCCGGACGCGCAGAUUGAGAUGGCCUGCCGUGCGGCCAACGCGUGGGAUUUUGUCUCAUCGCUUCCCGAGGGCCUCGCGACCCCCUGCGGCAGCAGCGGCAUGCAGCUGUCCGGUGGUCAGAGGCAGCGAAUUGCCAUUGCGAGAGCGCUCAUCCGCAACCCAAAAAUUUUGCUGCUCGAUGAGGCGACGAGUGCCCUCGACACUGAGUCGGAAAAGAUUGUGCAGCGCGCCCUUAACGAGGCAGCCCGUGACGGUGAGAGAAUCACAAUCGCCGUCGCCCAUCGACUAUCCACUGUCAAGGAUGCCGACAUGAUCUGCGUCUUCUACGGGGGCAGGAUCGUUGAGAGGGGCACGCAUUCGCAGCUUGUUGCCAAAGGUGGCAUGUACAAGCGGAUGUGCGAGGCGCAGAAUCUUGAAUAG